AAAUCUUAUUCACUCUUUUUGGCUUUCCGUCGCUGACCACUUAUUCACUCUCACCUGCUUCGUUCAAUUUUUUAAGUCUAGGUGCAUAAUUUUUUUCUGUUUGCAGUGAUAAUUUUUAGUGAAAAUGCAUAACGCAGAAGAAUCAGUUUCUGAACCGGUUUCUACUGACUCAGUUUUAAGUGAGAGCGCUGCAUUCAAAAGCAUCGACAUUGUCUUCGAUAAUACAGAAAAAGUGUAUUGCAGUGGCAAAACAGUUACAGGCAGAGUAGUCCUUAAUCACGAUGGACCCAUAAACGCAAAUGGAAUUAAGAUCAAAUGCAAAGGAGAAGCCCAAGUUUAUUUUACGGAUCGAUCAGCUGGAAUCCGACGAAAAUUUUCGUCUGACGAAACGUAUUUACAAGAGGAAGUUUACAUUUAUGGAAACUGCUCUGAAGAAAAAAUGGUUCCAAGUGGCAGUUAUCCAUUUAGUAUCGCUCUUCCAGAAAAAUUGCCCUGCAGUUUUGAAGGUCUAUAUGGACGUGUCCGAUACUCCAUAAUUGCAACUUUUGUCAUCACUUCCGAACUAAAGUUUUCAACAAACCCAAUUCCCUUCACUAUUGUUUCAACUGUCGACCUUAAUUCUGACUCACUUGCUCCAUUACCUAUCAGUGAAAGUAUGUCUAAAACAUUCAUGGGUCAAUCGGAACCUUUGACUGUGGCUGUAUCUCUUCCGGUCAGAGGAUUCGUUCCCGGGCAAACCAUACCCGUGAAAAUAGACGUACAAAAUGAUUCAAGCCUGGAUGUCAGGAAAUUGCGAAUUAUCUUUAAGAAGGUAGUCACAUAUCAUGCGACUGAAAAGUCUCGAAAACACAAGGAAGUUAUAGUCGAAAUCCAACAACCAGUAUCAAAAAAUACUGAAUUAUACGAAGUUGGCGUUGAUGUUCCCUCGGUACCACCUACAGGAAUGACAGGAUGUAAAAUCAUCAAUGUCAUGUACACUCUCAAAGUAGAAGCCUUUGCCGACAUAAACGAAUGGUACUACAAAGUUUUUCAUAAAAAUCUCAAGAUUAGGAUGCCCAUUGUAAUUGGCACGAUUCCCUUAAAAAAUUAUGAAAACCCUGAAAAUACGGAUUUUGACAUCAAAGAAGAAAAGAGUUCAAAUGCUUAUGAAAAUGUAGAUCUGUCACUACCACCUUUGUCAUUAAGGUACGAGGAAACUAAAAUAUAUCGAUCAUCAAAGCCAAAUAAGGACGAUCCAACAGGAGAGGAAGGAGAGAGCGAUGGAAAGGUUGAACCUUAUUUUCCUAUGUAUCGUGUCUACAAGUUCGACGGGACAAAGAAAAGGGGAGGUACAAGUUAAUAAAUGACCGCAACCUAAUGCACUCUCUCUUGUUCCGGUUACGGAAUACUGACGUCGAUCUUUAUGAAGAUCAUCUUCAGGUCCUGAGAAGAGCUCAAGAGGUCAGCUUCGCAAAAAAUUACGGAACUAAAUUACUUCAACAAUUGUAAAAUCUCAUAUACCUUCAGAACGUCGAAGAAUGUUUCUCAUUAUAUUAUAAACUUGUAUGCGAAUCGCUAUACAACACAUGUUACCAAUUUCAGACUGAGUUAAUUAUGGGAUCAUGAAAUAACCACUGUGAAUUUAUUAAAAACAAAAGUAAUCAAGAUUAUGUCACUGAAACAAAUUCCUGGUAAAUCUUCAACUAAGUUUACUUAUUUGGAGAAUAUUGUCCUUGGCGGACUGACAUGGGGUCGCAGCCAGGAAACUCCGACUGCGUCCCCCUUGGUUGGCGCCCCCAAAGACAUGCCAAGGCGCCCCAAAAAGAUUAUAUUGUUUCAGAAAAUGAAUAUAUUUUAUAUUGCAAUAGAAAGAGUGGAAAGAAUAUCCAAUAAUAGCCACGAUUUACACCUGCACUCCUAUAAAUAAUACCAGUAAAGUAGGAAAGUGUACUUCAAUUUAUCCUGAAAAAUGUAUCGUUUCAACCAAUUUAUAUUAUUACAAUUCAUUAUAUGCAUUGGUAUUGAAACAGACGUAUUUCGACUGUCUUG